AUGAUGUGCGGUAAUGCAGGAAAUAACACGACUCAUGUGACUGAAACUAGAAAACAUUCCCUACAAGUUCCAGAUAUAUUCCUUAUGUUUGUUGCUUUACUUGGGGUACUUCUCAAUGGACUUCUACUAAUUUUUGGCAGAAAAAAUCUUCCUAAGUCUUGUUCAAUAUUUAUCUGUAACCUAGCGGCAGCAGACUUGGCCACAGCGCUCGUAGCUCUCGUGCUUGGCUUCCGAAGACUGAUUACCUGCAAACUGUUCCGUAGAAUCAUCGGAAUCAUAUCCUGGUCUACAGUAUUGGCCUCGUUCCUAACUCUCCUGGGUAUCGCUCUGCAAAGAUACAUAGCUGUUGUUCAUUCUGUAUGGUCUCACUCCAGAAUGAAAAAUCAUCAAUGGUUUUAUAAGUUGAUAAUAACUGGAAUCUGGUUAGUGGCUCUCGUUUUCGCGCUAUUCCUGCAUUAUUACAGUCGUGUUACCAUGCUCAUUAUUACAUGUUUGUCAGAAAUUAUGAUCAUCAUGAUAAUCGUUCUUUAUUUAAAAAUUUACUCGUCGUUCCGGAGCUACAGAGUAAAAGAUAAGGAGGGCAUUUUUGCGGCAAAUGAACGUCGUUUAACUUUUAAUUUAAAGAAAGAAGCCAAACUAUCAAUGGUUGUAUGUUGUGUUACAGCAAUGCUCGUUAUUGGUGUCCUACCAAACGUUAUUAUUUUACAGACCAUGCAAAUAAUGGCUCUCUCUGGUAAAAAAAUAAAAUGUAUGAAAAUUUUGCACGAUGUUAACUCGUACUGGGUCGUUAUAGAAGUUUUGGGUUUUAGUCUUAACCCACUUAUUUAUUUCUGGCAUCUUCAGAUGUCAAAUAAAAUUAGUAGUGAUAGCAGUAUUGAGAGAUUUCGUCAUACACUUGGUUUUCCAAGGGCAAAGAGGAGAAUCGUUCCUGAACUAACUAUUACGCAAAGUCGACCAACUGAAAUGACAAACUCUGUGUGUUUAGCUGAAAAAGAAACAACGCAAGUGAGCAAUACAAUGACAAGCAGCUGCUAGCUGGAUAAAUAAUGGAGGAAGCAAGUACAAGCCGAAAUAAACACCGACGUAGUUACCAAAUAAAGUAAAAAUCAUGUAAUUAAAACUAUCCAUAUUAUUUUCCUUGUUUUCAUAAUUUAGCUUAGCUUAGUAUGAGGGUGAACAAGAACCGGAAGGGGGCGGAGGGUGAGGCUAGUACUUUGAGCCUUGAAAUGUCACUAGGGAUUGUAUUAUAUUAGUAUAGGAAAACUUUAAACUUUGAAUAAAACGAACAUCGUAUAUUGUUCAGUACGUAUGUACACUCAGACAGGCAUGGCAAUAGAACAUAUUCGUGGAUACGGACUUCCCAGUUGGCAACAAUCAUGUACAACAAAAUCAAUUUUAUCGCUACGCUAUUGUAGAUAAUAUGAUAUGUAAUGCCGGUUGGAUUUAUGUAUUAUAUACAUUCUACAUCUGCAUUUAAUUCUUCGUUUUUGAUAGUUGUACUAAUUGGAUUUAUAUUAUACAAACUUUGAUUUUAUUGUACAUAAUAUAGAAACUAAAUAUAUUUCGUCGAUGUUUCAUAUCUGCGUUUAUUUUUUGCGUGUUUUGUUGCGAUUAGUGUUCUGUACAUAUCUGAUUUAUUGGCGAAAUGAUCCUGAGAUAGGUGAGCAAUAUAAGAAGUAUAUUUAAAAAUUAUAAAGGUGAACUAUCCGAUAUUUUUUUUGGGGGGGGGGAGGGGAGACUGGAUAGACUUUCAUUAUCAUUUUUUUUAAUCUCUUAAUGCCGCUCGAUCUUUUUUUCGUUCACGGAUAUUGCACGAUUUCUUUUAUUUCGUGAGCACAAUAAAAAAUGUAGUGCUCGAUAUUUUCUUUUAUAUAAUACCUUAUUGAAUUCUGAUCGUUUAAUUGGCUGUUUAUGGUCACGUGAUAUUGAAUAGAAAAUUCUAUUUCCCAAGAGUGCAAUGGAAUACGUUCCAUUGCACUCUUGCGAGUGCAAUUGUACUAUACGUUUUAUUCCAUUGCACUCUUUGUGCUUUCGAUAAAUCGCAUCCGUCAAAAUGCUUCUCGUACGGUGAUCGCAGUUUAUUUUAACCCGAUAUUCGAAACUCAGUAAAUGGGAUUUAAUGCAAAUACGACUCAUCAAAAUGGCGGGAGCUUACAGUAAACCUUUUAAUAUUAGUCUAUUUUGGUAUUAUAUAAAACAAAUAAUGAAUGUUUC